UGGUGGACCAGCACAAAGUCGUGUAUAGCUAUGAAAAGAAAAUGUCACAGUUUUCUAAACAUUUUAAUAAAAAUAUCAAGGGUGGGGUGCAUUUGUAUUUGCCCCUUUAACUCUGAUGCCCAUAAAUUCAAUUGCAAUGGUAUGUAGCAGGAAACUAAUACUGCACAUGAUGCAUAGUGCUGCUGCAAGAACCAACAUGGUGAUGGCAGCAGCUAGUAAGCUAAGUACAGAAAAAUACUGGAAGAAAGUCUGUUAGAGGCUCCAAAAGACUUGAGACUGGAGUAAGGGUGCACCAUCCAACAGAGAAACGACCCUAAACACACAGCCAGAGCUACAAUGAAAUGACCUAAAUCAAAGCAUAUUCAGACGUUACAAUGGUCCAGUCAAAGUCCAGACCUAAAUCCAAUUGAGAAUCUGUGUGAAAACGUGAAUGUUGCUGUUCACAGAUGCUCUCCAUCCAAUUUUGAAAAGGAAUUGACAAAAGAUUUUGUCUCUAGAAGUGAAAAGUGGUAGAGACAUGCCCCAAACACUUGCAGCUGUGAUUGCAGCAAAAGGUUGUUCUACACAGUAUUGACUUAAUACAACUGCAUAAACUUUUAAGUUAUAUUUGUAAAAAAAAAUUAAAAAGCAUGUAUCAUUUUCAUUCCACUUCACAGUUGAGCAAAGAAAACUUUGAGCCAGCACAACUAUAAAAUAUGAAAAACUAUCAAAUACAAAAAAGCGAAAUGUUUUGCAAUUCUGUCAAAUCACCAUAUUCAUUAGGAAUAUCCACAGAUAUAUACAGGAUCUGUUACACUGAACAUUAAGUUUUUAUUCUGUCCACAUCCCGGACAUAAUGUCUGCCCUGCCAUGCAUACCGCUCAGAAUACAUGAUUCAGCUCACCAGAAGCUUUUCCUGUAGCCGUCAAAUAUUAUAAAGACUGAGUGUCCUAUAUAACUCUCCAUCUCUGCGUGUAAGAUUUAAACUUUUCUUUAAAAUUGAAAGAAGGUGAGACAUUUGUCUUGUAUUUUCAGAGAUAAACCAACCCACUCCAGUUAAAAUAUUCCGUCUCUGUGCGUAAAAUGCUGCGUCCUGGCGCGGAGGAUCUCUGGGAAAGAGCUCCUUGUCGGUGGAGCUUCCUUCACGCCCCGCUGCUGUGGGUCGGUGCUCAGCAGGAGUGGCAUCACGGCGACAAAAUCUCGCUGAAAGAGCGUCCUUUACAGCUCAGGCAUGCAUGGAGUUGUGAGAUCACUGGCGUUAUAAAUAUCCUCAGCAGCCAUCCUGCAGAACCACCGCAUAGCGCAGCCGGGGUAAUGCCCACCCGUGCCGCACGCCAGUGCGCGCAAACCUUUUGGGUUCUUGACCUCGGCACGGGAGCGGUAAAAAUGCGAAAAGCGGCCUGUUGAGAGUCUCUUGUUUGGAAGAAUGAAUGUUCCUCUCUACUUUCUGACCUUCGCUCACUGGAUUUGCGCCGCAGCCGCAGCGGAGCGCGUCUCUUUGCUUCUUCAGGAGGGGAUCAGUUCAGGACGCAGGACCUGCAGGCUCUACUGCAGGGUUGGCAUCGGCUUCCACCUCCAGAUUCAUCCCGACGGCAGAGUGAACGGCAGCCAUGAGCCCAACCAGCUGAGUGUUCUGGAGCUGUUUGCGAUUUCUCAGGGUGUCAUCGGCAUCAAAGGGGUUUACAGCAACAGAUUCCUGGCCAUGAAUAAAAGAGGACGGCUUCACGCCACUGAAUGGUUCUCAGACGACUGCAAGUUCAGGGAACGUUUCCAGGAGAACAGUUACAACACCUAUGCCUCUGUAAUCCACAGGAACCAAAGGACAGGUCGAGAGUGGUAUGUUGCCCUCAAUAAAAGGGGAAAAGCUAAAAUGGGCUCCAGUCCAUGGGUCAAAUCCCAGCACGUCUCCACCCACUUCUUACCCAGGGCCAGCCUGCAUGACUUUAGCCAAAGAGGCUUCACCAUCACAGAAAGGAGCAAAGAGAGGAGGAAACCGGCGCCACUGUCAUCUCCCAAACCCCCACCUGUAAAACCUAAAGUCCCUGAAGGAACAGUCCAGAGACGUAGACAAGUCAAAUACUGGCCCAAGUACAGGUUUGGAUGAGUUUGCAAAGACAGGGAUCAGAUUUAUAAACUUAAUGAUGUUUAAAUCAUUCCAGGAUUCUGUGAAGCAUGUAAAAAAAACCUGAAGGCCGGCCAGUAACACUCACUGGACCCGUCUUUGUCGAAUCUAUGAUGAUUGUUGGACAUUUUCUUUGCACUUAAAUCUGUGUUGCUCUAUACUUUUGUAUGAACUCAGUAAUGUUCUGUUAAUGGUGCACGUAUAGCUGAAAUCCCACCUGAACACGUCAAAGAAAGAGAACAUGUUCCAUGUUUUUAUAUCUAGAAUAUUGUGCCAAACUGUUUUUUUUUUUAUCUCUCAGACAAACAUUUACUUUUUUAAUAGUUUCAUAUUAAAAAAAAAAACAAAAAUCAUAAAAUGCAUGGCAAAUAAGCUUGGUUUGCUCUCAAAAGCAGGACGAAGAUGUGAGAAAUCCUGGAGAAGUUGGUUAUGAUCCAGUCAGACGCAGAACUUUCACUCAAACCAGGACUGUGAAGUAAUCAUAUCCCCCCAACGGUCCCAGGAUUUACUUUAGUUCCCACGCAUGUUCAGAAACAUCCUAGAUAUCACCGAUAUCCACUG